AUGGUUUCGUGCUUUCAUAUCUUUUCGGCUUCAAGGCUCGAUGUCCCCGGCGCUUGGCAAAUGCCUCAGGGUGGUAUAGAGGGAGAAGAAGACGCUAGGAUUUCCGCCUUUAGGGAAUUGAAAGAAGAAACAGGAGUUACAUCUGCAGAGAUCCUUGCCGAGGUUCCUUACUGGUUAACCUAUGAUUUCCCUCCAGAAGCAAAGGAAAAGCUGAACAAACUAUGGGGAAUAGACUGGAAAGGUCAAGCGCAAAAGUAG